AACUACCACACGGGACAGUUGUGUGAAAAUACGUAUUCUUUUCUUACACGUCUUUGUAAAAAAUAAUAUAUAUAUAUAUUAAAAAUAGUUAGUGUUCGUCGUGUCGACUGAUGACGUCAAGGGUUCACUGGCUGUUUUGGCGCGAACGUCAAAGUUUAGUCUUUUAUUUUGUAUUUUUCUGACUUCAAAACACCAACUAACGUACUAUUUCGGUAACUAUAUCUACCCAAAUGAAAUGGGCUCCAAGAUCAUCGCCGAUGCUGUACAGUUUUCUAAAAUGCUUCGGUCUCUUCAAGAUGACUGCAAAGACUCCUGUAUAUAUGAGGAAGACAUCCAGAUACUGAGAGUGAAUGGAGGGAAACAUCUCCACAACAUCUACACUGGUGACAGACCAGUCUUCAUCUGUGAGAAAACGGCCCCACAGAUCGACCCUGAAGAUGACAAAAUGGAUGAGACGCACUCUGACGAUGAGACGCACUCUGACGAUGAGACAAAUCAUGAAGUCAAGAUAGAGUUGGGGCCACAGCCUCUCACCAUCAUGAAAGCAAGGCAGCUGUUGUCUUGGUACACAAUGUCUCAGAACAGCAUUGUAUCUCCAGCGGUGUCCCCAGCCGACCUGCUCCCUCCAGCGGUCUCCCCAGCCCCCCUGCUUCCUCUCUGGGUACGUUGUGACAUGGCCGACCCUGCUGGUACCACCUGGCUAGGAGCAGAGACCGCCUGCACCGGCAACAAAGUCUCUGGGGUCAAGCUAUAUUCCGUCACAUGUGCAGGUUCAACUGUGGACAAGGGCGCAUUCAUCACUUUAGAUGAGCUGAAACAGGAACACAAGAGAAGACAUCAUCCGUCCUUGAUGGUUGCAAGAGGCACAGCCCAGUACAACCUGUUUGGGUCGACUGUGGUGGAGAAAACGGCUAUCGAAUCUCAGAGCAGUGUCACAGUGGACUUCAGAUGGAGCCACGUGGAGACGAUCCUGGAGACUCCACCUCUCUCCUCCAUGGCCACUCUGAAUAUCAAGGUGUCCAGUGGCGACAUGAGAAGUCCCAUGUAUCUGUUGUACAGGGAGCUGGAGUUUCUACAGAUGCUGGCUGAUGGUCUGAGGACCGGAGAGACGGAGUGGAUGGAACCUGUGGACUCCAGGUCUGCUGUGCAGAUGACAAGGGAAUACCUGGAUGAACUGCAGAACACUGUAAAGACUCUGCAGGAUCAGUCUACCAACGAGGCAGUGAAGGUGAAGACUGAGAUGGGAACAUCAGAGACAGAGAUAUUCAACUCUCUGAUGGAGAGAGGAGAUCUGGACUUCAUAGAACAGCUCUGGGUUCGCAUGAAGAACAGUGUGACUUCCUAUCAAGAUGUCGGAGACUGUCUGAAAAUGGUCAUCAAAGCUUUGCAGUAUGGUGACAUUAAACCAUGGAUUCACAGAGACAGCAGUAGCUCCCUCAGUAAGCUGAUCCUUCAGUCUUACCACCAUCAGAUGGAUCAUGUCUCUUUAACAGGCCUGACACCUGUUCACAUGCUGCUAGAGAUGGGCCUAGACAAGAUGAGGAAGGACUACAUCAACUACCUCAUAGGUCAAGAUCUGACCACGCUAAACCACCUGAGUUACUACCUGAGUACAGUGGAGGACCUGCAGGAGCAGGUGAUCAGACUGAGGAAACUACACCACCUACUGGAGAUCAUGGUGACCUGCAGCACCUUCCUGUGCCUGCCGUACGACAGACUCUUCCUCCUCACACAGUUGUGUUUGCAGUACUACAAGACAUGUCCCUAUGACGAGGACCACGAGUUCAAACUGCAGAUCAAACCUGCCCUGAUCAGCCACUUCUACCAGAAGGAGCAGGCGGUGUUUUGGGGGGUGGAGGUGUCUAGUGGUAAUGGCCCCAGAGAGGUGAAGACAUCCUUGCUGCUGAGUGACAAGCCCCUGGUGGAACACAUCAUCUUUGAAACAGAUGAGAUGACGGUGAACAGCGCCAGCGAGGACGCUGCCUAUUUCACCACCAUGGUGUGUUGCAGCCUGGUCAACUUUGCUGCUUAGAUCCAGUCGAACAUCACUACACAACAUAUGAAAGAUGAUGUCCUCACCUGAAUAUGGAAUGCUCUGUUUGCAACGUAUAUCCAUUUCUACCAGUAUAACUAUGUACAUUUCCAUGAUUUAUAUAUAAUAUUAACCUGUUGUAAUAUGUUUUAUAUGAUUGUAUUAAAGAUCUAACUGAAAUGAG